AAGACGCUACGGAUGCUCCAAUCCAAUAUAAUGGCAAUACAUGCCAUGGCCGAUGCGAUGCAUCACAUCAGCCCAGGCGUGUAUUGGAAUCUCAGAUCAGCCGCAUCAAACAUGGUGCUAGGCAUCAAACAAAAGCCAGGCAACACGUGCAUGCCACACUCCUGCUAGUAAUACUUGGCUGUCAAAUAUUGAUGGAUUCAGUCAUCGUCUGCUCGUCCACCGAUAUCGCGCCGCAGCAACAGCAGACCAACAUGCGUCUCUUCAGCUGCCCGUCCAUGCUGCAUUCGUCCAAUGUUGAAUUCCAGCCAAUGCAAGUCUCAGCCCAGCUUGGCAUAGACACAGCCCAUAACCCCAUGGCAUCUCGCCGCAUCUUGUCCACUAUACCACGUCCUCUAUUUUCAUCCAUCUCCUGUAUUUCCCUCCAUCUCCUAUAUCCUCAUUCCCUCCGGUCUAGAUCCCAAGAGUGUGGCUCAUUCUCACCACGCCGCCCCACCCUCCUCGGAUCGCCUUUACCCGCCGAUGCAGAUCCGUUCUAGGCCUUGCAGGUCAAGCCAGCAAUCCGUGACCCCCCUGCCACGUGGAUCCCAUCCAUCCCAUGUGCUGUAUCUCGUACUUUUUGCAGGCACAGCUUAUGUUGAUACUUGCUGCGAAUGCGCUGCUACAACAGCCGAAUAUCUGCCUUGUAAAGAAGACGAAGAAUA